AUGUCACCCGGUCCCGUCGUUGAUCCUGAACCCGCCGCCGCCGCCAUCGAGGAGAUCAUCUCCAAGGUGGAGGAGACCCAGAAAAAGAAGCCUUCUCAGAACGAGGAUGAGCCUGUGGUGGAGGACGUGAAAGAAGAUGAGAAGGAUGAUGAUGAUGAAGAUGAUGAAGAGGACGAUGAUGAUGAGGAUGAUGACACACCAGGUGCUAAUGGGAGUUCCAAGCAGAGCAGAAGUGAAAAGAAGAGUCGCAAGGCAAUGUUGAAGCUUGGCAUGAAACCUGUUACUGGUGUUAGCAGGGUCACCAUCAAGAGAACCAAAAAUAUACUAUUUUUUAUCUCAAAGCCAGAUGUCUUCAAGAGCCCAAACUCUGAGACUUACAUCAUAUUUGGAGAGGCUAAGAUAGAGGAUUUGAGCUCUCAGCUGCAGACGCAGGCUGCUCAGCAGUUUAGGAUGCCAGACAUGUCAUCCAUGUUACCAAAAUCAGAUGCUUCUACUGCAGCUGCUACAGCACCAGCAGAUGAAGAAGAGGAAGAAGUCGACGAGACUGGGGUUGAGCCUAGGGACAUUGAUCUGGUUAUGACACAGGCUGGGGUUUCUAGAGGCAAGGCUGUCAAGGCCCUCCAGACAAACAAUGGGGACAUUGUCAGUGCUAUUAUGGAGCUUACUACUUAG